CCGGCCGGGUCCCCGGGCCUCCGGUCCCAGUCCCGGGCUGGGCAGCGGGGCUGGCAUCGCCGAAGCCGCCGCCGCGACGGGGUCCCCGGAGGACGUCGGGCGCCGGACACCUGCGCGGAGCCUCGGGGGACCCCGCUUCUCCGAACACUGGAGCUAUGACCUAGGGGAGAAGGGAUGCAGCCCUGUGGUCCUCCGGAUGAGGGCCCUCUCCAAGGCCUUGUGGCCUCCCGAAUCAAGGCCUAUGGGGGCUGGCACCAGGCCUGCACCCAGAGCGCUGCUGGCAAGCCCUACUCCCCUGUGGACCCCAGUCACCACCGCUUCCAGCACUAUGUCCCCUUUGCCAAGGGUCCCGGCCAGCCCCAAGCCCUGCACCCCUUUGUGUCGCGAGAUCCAGAGCCUGAGAAAAGGCAUGGAGUGCAUUUUGGGGUCGGCCUACCUCACUCCCCCAAGCUUAAGGAGGCCACCAAGGCCCAUGAGCUGGAGAUGAGGCUUCGCACCUUCAGCAUGUUCGGGAUGCCCCGCCUGCCCCCCGAGGACCGGCGCCACUGGGAGAUCGGCAAGGGUGGUGACAGUGGCCUGAACAUCGAGAAGUCCUGGAGGGAGCUGGUGCCCGGGCACAAGGAGAUGAGCCUGGGGCUCCGCCACCAGCAGGAGGCCCUGUGGGAGCUGCUGACCACUGAGCUAGCCUAUGUGAGGAAGCUCAAGAUUAUGACUGAUCUCCUGACCGCUGGUCUGCUGAACCUGCAGCGGGUGGGGCUGCUGAGAGAAGUGUCGGCUGAGACCCUGUUUGGAAAAGUCCCCAGCCUCAUCCGAGCCCACCAGAGCUUUUGGGAGGAGGUGCUACUGCCAUUCCUGGAGGAGACUCGAGCCUCAGGCCAGCCUCUGGACCCCAUCACACUGCAGAACGGCUUCCUGACGUUUGGCCAGCGGUUCCAGCCCUACGUCCAGUACUGCCUGAGAGUGAAGCAGACCAUGGCUUAUGCCCAGGAGCAGCAAGACACCAACCCUCUCUUCCAUGCCUUCGUGCAGUGGUGUGAGCAACACACGCGCUCGGGGCGGCAGACACUGGGCGACCUGCUCAUCAAGCCUCACCAGCGUGUCACCAAGUACCCGCUGCUACUCCGGGCGGUGCUGAAGAGGAGCCCAGACGCUCGCGCCCAGGAGGCCCUGAGCACCAUGAUUGCAGCUGUGGAGUCGUUCCUGCUCCACAUCAACGCGCAGGUGCGCCAGGGCGAAGAGCACGACAGCCUGGUGGCUGCAGCGCAACGCAUCGGUCCCUACGAGGUGCUGGAGCCGCCCAGUGAGGAGGUGGAGAAGAGCCUGCGUCCGUUCUCCACCCUGGACUUGAUGUCGCCCAUGCUGGGCGUCUCCCCGGAGCACACCAGGCAGCUGCUGCUGGAGGGACCCGUGCGAAUGAAGGAGGGGCGAGAUGGGAAGCUGGAUGUGUACCUGUUCCUCUUCUCUGACGUGCUCCUGGUGACCAAGCCCCCGCGAAAGGCAGACAAAGCCAAGAUCAUCCGCCCCCCUGUCAUGCUGGAGAAGCUUGUAUGCCAGCCACUGCGGGACCCCAACAGCUUCCUGGUCAUCGGCCUCACCGAAUUCCAGUGUGUCGCCAGUGCGUUCGUUGCAUACUGUCGCAGUCCCACGGAUUGUGCACAGUGGCUGAAGAAGACAUGGGAGGCCCAGGCCACCCUGCAGAAGCUGAAGGCAGAGGAGUAUGUCCAACAGAAGAGGGAGCUCCUGGCCCUCUACCAGGACUUGGACCGGGAGUGCCCCAGCACCAGGCCCUCCACACCCUCCCUGGAAGGCUCCCAGAGCAGCGCCGAGGGGAGGGCUCCCGAAUUCACCGUCAUCGUCCCCCACCUGGUGGUGACGGAGGACACAGACGAAGACACCCCCUCUGUACCAGAUGAUGCCUCAGACUCUGGCUACGGAACUUUGAUCGCAAGCUCGCUCAAGGGCUCCCCUUCCCCACUGAGCCGUCUGCGCCCCAAGGCUCUUCGGAGGGACCCUCGGCUCACCUUCUCCACCCUGGAGCUCCGAGAUGUUCCUCUGCGACCCCAGCCUCCCAACCCCCAAGCUCCCCAACGCCGAAGUGCCCCCGAACUGCCGGAAGGGGUCCAAAGGGGGCACAGUCUUCCCAGGGGAGACCCGCCCCCCUCGUCUGAGGAGGAGGAUGCGGGCUCGGCCCGGAACGUGGUGGCGGAGACCCUGCACCGGGCCCAGCUGCGGGCCUCCCCGGCCCACGCCGACUCUGCCGGGGAGAGCUCCUGGGAGUCCUCAGAGGAGGACGAGGGGCCGCCCUCCCCGAGCCCGGGGUGCAGCCCCCGUCCCCACCCGCUCCGGGCCGAGGACAUGCUUCGGGAGAUCCGAGAGGAGCUGGCCGGCCAGAGGGUAGAGGGAGCCCCCGAGCCCCGGGACAGCAGGCCUCGGAAGCUGACGCGCGCCCAGCUGCAGCGGAUGCGCGGCCCCCACAUCAUACAGCUGGACACCCCCCUGUCUGUGUCAGAGGCGUGAGGAAAGCCGAGGACCUCUAGCGUUUCUCCCAGAGGAAGUCUCCCCAAGAGUACAGGCCACCACCCCACCCUGGACGCUACCUCGAGGACUUCCCCUGAGAAGCCUGGCCCGGCGCCUGCUCCGCGAGGCCCGGACAUUUCUGUAUCAGACACCCGGAGCCCACAUAAAGCUGUAUAGAAACGA